GUGCUGCAAAUUUCUAGUUUUAUAACACUUAAUGAAGUUUAUGGUAGGGGGACGGACAUUACGGAUUUUUUGUCACAAACUAAUUUUUUAUGAGAUAUUCGGCUAUAUUUAUUUAUAGACUUGAUGUACAAAUAUGAUACUUUGACUAUUUCAACUUACAUAUUUUUCAAACUUUUCAAGGCCAUCUCACAUGUUCUAGCACCAAAAGAUACUACUUUUUUCUUCACUUUUUUAAGUAUCGUAGUUUGACACGUUUUCGAUACGUACAUGUUUUCGAUACUGUAACCUUUAUGCGCAUGAUUUUUUAACCGGAAGUUAAAUGACGUCAUUGUUUGUUUACACUACGCACCGCACUCGUCCUCUUUCGACCUGGAGCGAAACUUCUUCAAAAUGCGUCAAAAGCAAGUAAAUCCUGCAUCAAAGUAUAGGAUGUACUCACCUACAGCAAUGACUAAUGCCUAUCAGGCAGUAAGAGAGAUGAGGCUUCCAGUUAAAACUGCUGCACGGCAAUAUGGUGUACCGCAGACGACCUUGCGUGAUCGGGUUCUUGGGAGAAUAGACCCAGAAACAACAUCAUCUGGACCCCAGGCUUUGCUCAGUCAACAUGAAGAGGCAGUAUUUGUUGAACACAUAAAGGCUAUGGCUCAGUUGGGAUACGGUUAUUCGCGAAGUGAGCUGAUUGACCAAGCAUCCAAUUAUGCUGUGUUCCUUGGUAAACGUGAUCAGGAACAUCCUUUGAGUGACAGAUGGUAUCGAUCUUUCAUGGACAGAUGGCCAGAACUUAAAAAAGUGAAACCCAGAUCACUUGUUAAUUAUAGGGCACAAGCAACUUCAAAGGAAAAAGUAACUGCUUACUUUGAUGAUCUUAAAUCUGCUUUGCUGAAAGACAAUUUAAUGGACAAACCUGAACAUAUAUAUAAUGUUGAUGAAAAGGGAAUUCAAACUGAGCAUAGCCCACCAUAUAUCAUUUGUGCUGAGAGUUCUACACCUGCAAUUACAUCAGCUAGAACAUGUAUUACUACAAUACUAGGAUGUGGUAACGCAUUAGGGACACAAAUACCUCCUUACUUUAUAUUCAAAGGCAAACGCAUGAGAAGUGAACUCCUAGAGGGGGCAAGUCCUGGCACGCAAGGAACAGUGACUGAAAGUGGGUGGUCAAAUUCAGAUGUGUUCCUAGAAUACUUAGAUACCCAUUUUCUGAAGUAUGUGCAACGUCCAAGUGAAGAUCAGCCACUGCUACUCAUCUUCGAUGGCCAUAAGUCACACAUUACCAUACCAGUUAUCAACUGGGCCAAGGAGCAUAAUGUGAGUUUAUUCGUAUUGCCAGCCCAUACUAGCCAUGUGCUCCAACCUCUGGACGUAGGUUGCUAUGGACCCAUGCAGCGCAUUUAUAAUGCUCAGUGCCACAAGUUCCUAAGAGAAAACCCUUCUUCCAAGAUAACUAGGUAUGAUGUCUGCUCAUUGGCAUGCAAUGCUUAUACCUCUGCACUGUCAGUUGUAAACAUCAGGUCUGCAUUCAAGCGCACAGGGAUCUACCCUUUUAAUCCAGAAGUAAUUUUGGACACUCAGCUUGCACCUUCCAAGGCAUACUUAGUUCCUGAACCUGAAACUGACAUACAUGACAUACAUGAAGCACACAGCAAUGCUACUACUGCUCCUCAACCAGCUGAAUUCUUUAAAACAGCUGAAAAGUUCAUAACAGAUAAACAGACAUUUGAACAUAAACAGCCGAACAAAACAAUCAGCAGCAUUGUAUCUGGAAAAUCCAUUACAUCUCCAACUGUUGAAGCGCAAAUUAUUACCCACAAAUCUGAAACUAAAUCAAAACCAUCAAGCAAGAGUGGGAAUGUGAAAAAAUGUAGUAUACCUUCAUCCACUAGCAGUAAACGGCAGCGUGUACAUAGCCCACAGCCAGGUCCAUCAAGACAAACAGCUACUAAAGCAUUGUCUGCUGAAUCUGAUUACUCUUCAGGAGAUGAGAUUACUGACGAUGAGAAAUGUUGUGCCUGUCAUUUAUUUCAGCCAAAAGAGCUUCAAAACUGUGUCUCAGUUGUAUUUACAAAAUGGGCUCAGUGUGACUAUCCGGCAUGUGGACACUGGACACAUCUCAAGUACUGUUGCAAACAGUCUGUAGUCAGACUACAUGAUGAGUUCUUCUGUCCAUGUCAUGACAAUACUUACACAGAAGAGUGAGAAAACUGUAUGUUAUCACUGUUCAAGGGUUUCUUGUGUUCAUGUUUUUAGAGUUGUUAAUAAAUUUUGGACCAUGACUGUACAUAGCUACUCUUCCUAGUGGAGGAAGAUAAGGUAUCGAAAACAUAUCAACAUUGCAAAUGGCGGCCUAGUUUGACAGGUGUUAUAAAACUGUUUAUUAUAAUACAACUGGUGAUUUAAAUUUUUAUAAUAGCAGCACUGUUUGUGUGAUUAUAGUCAUAUUAAAUGGUAAUUUACUUGA